AUGGGGGCUCGAGGAUUCGACGAGUACAAGACCAAUGCUGGCCUGGACUUGAGUUUACUUCUCGAAGCCAUGAAGAGGACGGUCAAGGAGUUGGUCUCUUCGGAAAGUGAUGAGGAGUUGGAGGUCCCUGAUUUCUUGAUCGCUGACAAGAAGAGGGCGGCCUUGGACGCCCAAAAAAAGGAGCAAGCCAGAAAUUUGCCUAGCACUACAGAAGUUAACCCUAAAGAACAAUGCCAAGCUAUUACUUUGAGGAGUGGAACAAGGUAUGAAGGGCCAAAGAAGAAUCAGUCAGAGGAAGAAGGUCAGAAGGAAAAUACACAAGGCGAAGAAGAAAAGAAGUUUAAUGAUGAAACAGUUACUGAAGACCUUAGGAAGGAAGAGGAUGUACCACCUAUGAGUAUUGAGCAUCAUGUUAAAAUUCCAUAUCCACAAAGACUUUGUAAGCAUAAUUUAGAUAAGAAGUUUGCAAAGUUUUUAGAGGUGUUCAAGAAGCUACAUAUUAAUAUACCAUUCGCAGAAGCAUUAGAACAGAUGUCUAGCUAUGUAAAAUUUAUGAAGGAGAUUCUGUCUAAUAAGAGAAAGAUGGGUGAUUAUGAAACAGUGGCGUUAACGGAAGAAUGUAGUGCAAUUUUGCAAAGGAAACUUCCUCAAAAGUUACGAGAUCCUGGGAGUUUUACUAUUCCAUGCACGAUUGGGGGGUUUGAAUCAAUUGGGCAAGCAUUGAUAGAUGUGCAAAAAGGAGAGUUAGAGCUGAGAGUUCAAGGAGAAGAAGUAGUAUUUAAUGUGUUUAAGGCUAUGACUUAUCCUAAAGCAAGUGAUAGAUGUUUCUCAGUUGAUGUGGUAGAAGAAGUAGUAGGAAGAAAAAAAUUAAUUGAGGAUCCUCUUGAAUUAAGUCUUAUAGUUGUUGAUGAUGUAGAUGGUGAGGAAAAUGAUGAAGCGAUGAGUUAUUUGAAGUGGAUAAAAUCAUCUGAGCCGUGGAAGCAUAAAAAGUUUGAAGAAUUGGAUGAGGGACCGAAAAGACCAUUACCAUCGAUUCUGAAGCCACCUGUUUUAGAACUGAAAGUUUUACCAGACCACGGCUGCUAUGCUUAUCUUGGGGAAAAAAAGAAUCUUCCGAUUAUAGUUUCAUCAUGUCUUUCAGAAGUAGAGGAGGAGAAGUUGUUGAGGGUGUUAAGGGCUCAUAAAACUGCUAUAGGGUGGACUCUGGCUGAUAUAAGAGGAAUUAGCCCAUUGAUAGUUAUGCAUAGAAUUCUCAUGGAAGAUGAUGCGAGACCAAUUAUUGAUGCUCAACGAAGACUUAAUCCAACAAUGAAAGAAGUGAUGUUGGAUAGGUUGGCAGGGCAUAACUACUAUUGUUUUCUAGAUGGGAACUCAGGAUAUCAUCAGAUUGUAAUUACACCGGAGGAUCAAGAGAAGACAACGUUUACAUGUCCUUAUGAGACUUUUGCUUUUAGAAGGAUGCCAUUCAGGUUAUGUAAUGCACCAACCACAUUUCAACGGUGUAUGAUGGCAAUAUUUUCUGACAUGGUUGAGAAGGGGAUCGAAAUUUUUAUGGAUGAUUUUUCGGUUUAUGGGUCCUCUUUUGACACGUGUUUAACUAAUUUGGAGUUGGUUUUGAGGAGGUGUGAAGAGUUGCAAUUGGUGCUUAAUUGGGAAAAGUGCCACUUUAUGGUAAAUGAAGGAAUUGUAUUGGGGCACAAUAUUUCUAAGAAAGGCAUUGAAGUGGAUAGGGCUAAAAUUUCUACGAUAGAGAAUUUUCCACUUCCGGUUUCAGUAAAAGGAGUAAGGAGUUUCUUAGGCCAUGCAGGAUUUUAUAGGAGGUUUAUCAAAGAUUUCUCCAAGGUCUCAAAGCCACUGUCCACUUUGUUAAUGAAUGAGGUUACAUUUGAUUUUGAUGAGAAGUGUCAACAAGCUUUUAGGAUACUUAAGGAGAAAUUGAUUUCGGCACCUAUAGUUUUUGCACCUCAAUGGAAUUUUCCAUUUGAAUUGAUGUGUGGCGCCAAUGAUUUUGCGGUUGGGGCAGUGUUGGGACAAAGAGUUGACAAGGUGGUUGUUUACAUGGAUCAUUCUGUGAUUAAGUAUCUUAUUAUCAAGAAAGAUUCCAAGCCGCGUCUUAUUCGGUGGAUUUUGUUGUUACAAGAAUUUGAUGUGGAAAUUAAAGAUAAGAAAGGUACUGAGAAUUUGGUGGCUGAUCACUUGUCUAGAUUGGAGGUUGAUGAAGAUUCUCUUGACAAAGGAAUUCAGAUUAAUGAUUCUUUUCCUGAUGAGCAAUUGUUUGAAGUGAGUGUUUGUAAAAAUGUUCCAUGGUUUGCAGACUAUGUUAAUUAUUUUGCUGCAAAGGUUAUACCUUCUGAGAUGACAAGGCAACAACUAAAGAAAUUUUAUUCGGAGGUGAAGCAUUAUUAUUGGGAGGAGCCUAUUCUGUAUAAACAUUGCCCUGAUCAAGUUAUUAGGAGAUGUGUGCCCGAAGAGGAGAUGUUGUCAAUCUUGACUCACUGUCAUAGUUUGCAUUGCAGCGGUCAUUUUGGAGGAACAAGAACAGCAACAAAAGUUUUGCAAAAAGCCGUAGCAACUCCUAAUUGUGAUGGGAAAGAGGUACUUAAAUUCCUUCAUAAAAAUAUCUUUACUCAAUUCAGCACCCCCAGAGCAAUUAUUAGUGAUCGGGGAAGUCAUUUUUGCAAUAAGUGGUUCACUGCUCUUUGUGCUCGCUAUGGUGUUCAUCAUCGAAAGGCGUUAUUUUAUCAUCCAAUUGCAAAUGGCCAAGCUAAAGUGUUGACUAGGGAAAUAAAAGGUACCUUGGAAAAGACAGUAAAUACUUCGAGGAAGGAUUGGUCGAAGAAGCUCGAUGAUUCACUUUGGGCUUAUCGCACUGCAUUUAAAACUCUAAUUGCUUAUGAGAAUGCAAAGAUCUAUAAAGAGAAGUCGAAGGCCUUUCAUGAUAAGCGAAUACUGAGGAAGGAUUUUCAACCAGGAGAUAAAGUCCUGCUAUUUAAUUCCAGACUUAAACUUUUUCCUUGUAAAUUGAAGUUGAGAUGGUCAGGACCAUACACGGUAGUUGUGUCAUUUCCUUAUGGAGCAGUGCAGGUUCAUAGUGAGAAAACAGGGCAUUUUGAGGUGAAUGGUCAGAGGUUGAAACAUUAUUUGGAGGGUCUGGUGGAAAAAUGCAAGUCCGUGGUGAUUUUGGAACCCAUUUGA